GGAAACCAUUUUGGUGGCUGUUCUUGAUUGUUCUUCUUUUAUAUGUUUCAUGUUAUUGUAUUAUGAUCUGCACGUGAUGUUGUCCUUUUAAAGUUUUUAUAAUUAAAGUUAAAGAGAGAGGUUCGGUAACAUACUUGCAAGUUGCAGCAGUCAGCCAGAUUGUUCAAUGGAGGACACAAUAAAUUUCAUAGACAGACAGACUCUGGCAAUGGCAGAUCAGGUUCCUUUGAGAGAGUGUCUUCACCCCCAAUCAUACUUGACCAUUAGCCAGGCUGCCACAGCUUGCCCCUCAAACUGGGUCAUGUGGAACUUUCAGAACACAUUGACUUUGAGAAAUGUUCUUAUGAUUUUGUUUGUUUCUAAAAGGAAUAAGAUAAAAUUGUGGGGGACAGACCUGUCCAUGGCUAUUAGCUAGCACAUACUAAAUGGAACUACUGUCUGUCAUAAUAGUAUGCUUCUGGAUAUCAGAUGCAAGGAGAAAAAACAAGAAGGAUGGCUGGUUCAUCCUUGCAGACUUACAGGGGCCGGCUGCUGUUGGAGAAAGAUGCAUUAGAUGAGACUUGGCCUUGUCUAGCAGAGCCAAUUCUUAACCUAAUCCUGGAUCUGGUGUCCCUACAGCGAAUAAGAGGUUAAACUUUGCUCAACCUUUUUUCCCCCUUUGGCUUUUCCCCUCUCCAUCCUGUUGCUCUCCACCCAGUGUUGCUCACUCACACAUCCCAGCACACUGAAAGUCUGUGUGCGUGAUUCCCUAUCCGGUAGCAUAUUGAAAACUUGUUAGAGCUUCGCCCAAACCUGUAGUUGCUGCGUGGCCUGCCUUCACUUCCCUCAUUGAGGAUGGCGCUUGCUAAAUAGGCCAGGCAACCAUCACCUACCUCCUCCUAGAUUUCUCUUUGAAUCGGAGCUGCCUUUGCCUCUGGAGUCUCUUCGACACACACUGGACCAUGCAGAGGCUGCCCUUGUGCAGCGGCAUCAUCAUCCUGUGGUGCCUCUUUGAGCAGAGCAUUGGCAUCACCAGAAGAUAUUACAUCGGAGCAGUGGAGACAGACUGGGACUAUGUGCCUGGCAGCCAGAAGGGGGUAUUCUCCCCCACGCCAACCACUCGGUACAAGAAAGCCAUAUAUCUGGAAUACAUAGAUUCUACCUUCACACAAACAAAACCCAAGCCUGCUUGGAUGGGUCUUCUGGGCCCUACCAUCCGAGCAGAAGUUCACGACAAGGUGGUCGUAACCUUUAAGAAUCUGGCUUCCCGUCCUUUCAGCAUCCAUGCCAUAGGGGUGUCCUACUGGAAAGCUUCAGAGGGGGCAGGUUAUGAUGAUGCAAGCAGCAGGCCAGAGAAAGAAGAUGAUGCUGUGGAGCCUGGCCAGACUCAGACUUACGUGUGGGACAUCUUAAAAGAGCAAGGUCCAACUGGAUCUGACCCACAGUGUUUGACUUAUGCCUACUCCUCUCAUGUGGACAGUGUCAAGGACAUCAACUCUGGCUUGAUUGGGGCCCUGCUGGUUUGUCAGCCAGGGACCCUGAUGAGUGAAGGAAUUCGAAACAUAGUGCAAGAAUUUGUGCUACUCUUUGCAGUGUUUGAUGAAGGCAAAAGCUGGUACUCUGAAUCCAACACCAUAGGAAAUGGUUUGUCCCCUGACAAGAGGGCUGAGCUGCACACUAUCAAUGGAUUCAUGAAUCUCUCCCAGCCUGAUCUCAAGGUGUGCCAGAACAGACUGGUCUACUGGCAUGUCAUUAGUUUGGGCACCAAACCUGAAGUCCACUCCAUUUUCUUUGAGGGCCACACUUUCCUUGUGAGACACCAUCGGCAUACUACUUUGGACCUCUCCCCAGCCACUUUCCUCACUGCUGAGACAAUGCCCACAACUAGCGGCAUAUUUCAAAUGUUCUGCCAGAUCCCAUCACACCAGCAAGCUGGCAUGGAAAUCUUAAUUACAGUAGAAGUCUGUCCAAACCUACCCAUGAAGAAGAUGAGGGUGGUGGAAGGGGACUACGUGGACGAAGAGGACUACUUUGAAUACAGUGAGGCUGAUAUGGAAAGCACAGUGAUCCAAAUGGGUGAUUUUCCGCCCAGGAUUACAGGCCGUUCCCGUGCCAAGAGGCUGCCUGUGACCUGGAAACAUUAUAUAGCAGCAGAAGAGGUUGUUUGGGACUAUGCUUCAGAUAACUCCACUUAUUUGUCCAGUGCUUACGCCAAAAAGUUUCUGGAACAUGGUCCGCAGAGGAUUGGCUCCAAGUAUAAGAAAGUUGUGUUCGUGGAGUACGAGGAUGCAAAUUUCAAGAGGCAGAAGGCAUUGAAACCGGACCACAUGGGGAUUCUAGGGCCAGUCCUUAAAGGAGAAACUGGUGAUGAGUUUAUGAUUAUGUUCAAGAAUCUAGCCAGCCGGCCGUACAACAUUUACCCCCAUGGCAUCACCAGUGUCACUUCCUUUUACCCCAUGAGAAGCAGCAAAAAUCACGUUAUGAAGCAUUUGCCCAUUCGACCUAACCAGGUGUUCACCUACAGGUGGAAGAUAAUGCCUGAGGAUGGCCCAACCAACUCAGAUCCCCGCUGCCUGACUCACUACUAUUACAGCUCUAUCAAGCCUGCUCGGGAUUUAGCCUCUGGGCUAAUUGGACCACUGCUGAUCUGCUUCAAAGAGACCAUGGAUCGGAGAGGGAAUCAGAUGAUGUCGGAUGAAGCAAGAUUUGUGCUGUUUUCUGUCUUCGAUGAAAACCUCAGCUGGUACUUGGAGGAGAAUAUCAACCAAUCCUGUGCUGAUGCAGCCAAUGUCAACCCCCAGGAUCCUGAGUUCUAUGCUUCCAACGUUAUGCACAGUAUAAAUGGCUAUGUUUUUGAUAAUCUGCACCUCAAGAUUUGCCAAAACAAAGUUGUGUAUUGGUACAUCCUGAGUGUAGGUUCCCAGACUGAGUUUCUGUCCGUCUUCUUCUCCGGGAAUACUUUUCAGCACAACACAGUCUUUGAAGAGACCCUCACGCUCUUUCCCCUCUCUGGAGAGACUGUCUUCAUGUCCAUGGAGAAACCAGGCACAUGGAUAUUGGGAUGCUUGAACCCAGACUUCAGGAGGCAAGGAAUGAGAGCCACGUUCACUGUUUCCAAGUGCUCCAAUGAAAUAGAGUAUGAUUACUCCUAUGAAUUAAUACCAGAAGGUGAACUAUAUGAAGCCAAUGUCUUGCAACCAAGAGGCUUCCCCAGGAAAAACAGGCCUGUCCAGCCUUGCCUAAAGAAGCAUGGAGAUGCAGAAAAUGAAAUGCAGAAGACCAACCACCAUUUGGCUCCUUGUCGUGAAGCCAAUGAACUUCUUAAAUUAAACAAGAAAAAGAAUCCUACUGACUUGCCACUGCCUCCUGGGGAGUCCUUAUAUCAAGAUAACAUUUCUUUACCUUCUUCCCAAGACAACCUCGUUAAGCCCACUGAUGCCUUUCCAGCAGAAGAACCAUCAGCUAUACUCAAGCAAAGUUUCCAACAGCAUUCUUUCACAGGAAACUCUUCUCUCUCAUGGGAAGAGUCUCAUCUUAAUGAGAGUGCGUUAGAAACUGCAACCAGUCUGGGUAACAAGACUCUUCCCUUUGGGACAUUCAGCCCACUUGAAGGAGCUGGGAUGGUCCAAGAGAAAUCAGAUAAACAGGAGGCAGUGGAGACCAUGAAGCCUCAUUCAGCCCCUCCAUUGGAAAAGGUGGAGGCAAUUCCUGAAGACCAUGUUACCAGCAUUCAGUCAAAGGGGUUGCAGGAUGGGAUGGGCCUUGCAGAAAGACUGACCUUGAAUGUGAAAAGACCCCCUCUUAAAACUGACAAUAAUUUAACACAACAAAAUGAAGUAUAUGCAGAUUCCAGAUUUUCUGAAAGAGCUUCGCUUGAAGAUAUAAACACAGUGGAAGGACAGAACACUGUUUCAUUGAUGCCAGAUACAACGUUGAAUGAGAAAGUAGGACUGCAAAGAUCCUAUAUGGAUAAGGGCACUUUCUUUAACAUGAGUAGUACCUCUGCGUCAUUAGAUGAUUUGAAAAAUAAGCCACUUAUUCAGCACAUGUCACUGGACAGUCAAAACACUGGUCCACCAAGAUUAGAAAGUAACCCUGGAGCUGAAAACAUGGUGUCACAGAGCUAUGGCACUACCUUUCAAGCUUCUACAAGCUACUCAUCUCAUAAGGCAACUGAAUCAUUUACAUCAAGAGAAUCAUUGCAUACUAGAAAAAGAGGAGUUGAACAAUCUACUGCAACUAUAGGAAGUCAAGGCCUUUUUACAUCUGUAAGUGAAGACUUCCUUCAUGGCAAAAAUAGUGCACAUACAGCCUCUCGUGACAAAGCACAUAAGCCAACACCUCCAGCAAAGCGUUUUCAGGGUCAUGAGACAGAGGUGGUUGACACAGCUACUAGAGGCCCAGAUAAUUUGAAUGAACAUGCUUCUUUAUUUGCACAGAAUGGUGAGCAAGUGACUCCAAACAGAUUGACUAGAAACCCAAGUAUUCUAGAGAAGUCUGACUCUACUAAUGACAUUCUGGAGAGUAAUGAUAGAUUCUCUACGCAUCCAUUUCACACUAGUCAAAGACCAGAUGGCUCAGCACUCCAAGAAGGUUUCCAAGAAACUAGCCAAAAUAAGGAUUUUUUGGGGAAAGAGAAUAAAGCUUUGCUCAUUGUUGAUGCCACUGCCAGCAGAAUCUGGAACCCAAAUUCCCAUGGAUUGUUGGGUAGUUUGUUGCUUCCUCAAACAAGUUUAUCAGAAAAAAAGGAUGCUUUUCAUCAAGGAGAGUCGCCUCCAUCACAGCUAGUUGACCUGGGAAAUGACACAAAUUCUAAAGAGUUUGUAAGAAAGGGGGAGAGAAAGCCAGAACCAGAACCAGACAUUCAAAGCCAUGAAAAGUCAUCAGAUGGGAUGAGGUUGCAGCCCUGUCAUCUGGGUCCUCAUGGAUGUGGUGGUCACUUGGAAAAGAGGUCUCUGAAAUCACAUCGGGCCAAGUUGGAAGACGGACAUGCUGUAGCAGCAAGGGAAAUGAAGAGUUCUGGAAAAGCUAAAGAAAGAGCUCAGGCUUUGCUCAAUGGUAACUACUUCAAGUUAAACAAUAAAGCCAAGGCUUCUAUAAUAAAGGCACCUUUGGCAGAUGGGGCUACAAGAAACCAACAAGCAACCACACUUGGCAAGACAACUGCUUCAUCUUCUCUGUUCACCUCAGUCCAGUCCAGCCCAGCCCCGCACUCCCUGAACUUUCCUGAUUCCCAACAGACUUGGAGAGAAGCCAGUUCGUCUCACAAAGUGGAGGAUGUAGGGGAUGCAGCUGACACCAUUUCUGGUUAUCCCAGAACUCUUGGGCACAGUAGUAUGAAAGCCAAACCUGGACUGGCCCCCACCGUCUUUGCAGGAGGACAAAUCAAAGGUGCUGGCUCUGUUCUCCAUAAGACCACCAGGCAGACAAAUGAGGCUGGACUUCCUGCAACACCAGAGGUUCCUGUUAUGACUCACAGUGAUCCAGAAACUUUUUUGCACUUACAGCUGGGGGAGUCUAGCAUAGACCAAGGGCAAAUGUUAAGGAAUGAAUUCCUGAAGGCUGCCAUAAAAAGGGAGAAGACUGAAAAUUCUGAAAGAUGGGCCUCAGCAGAAAACGAUCUGGACUCUCAAGGUCACCUAACUGUCAAUCUUCCCUUUCAAGAGGAGCUGUGGGAGGAGCUGUGGGAUAGACAAAAGGAACUCCAUAGGGAAGGAGGGGACGUUUGUUCCAUAAAUGGUAAUAUUCAAAACUUUGAAAGGAGGAAAAGAGUAGAAGAAAUUGGCGUCCCAGUGCAUGGAUUCAGCAAAGGUGAGAGUAGGACCUCAGAAGCCAAGGUUCAUAUGGAGGUUUCCAUGGCACCGACCAGCCUCAAAGGAUCUAUGGUGACAAACUCCUCAAAGACUCUGAAUCGAACAUCUGACUAUGAUGAUUACAGCAAUUCUGAGGACAAGCAAGAAUUUGAUAUAUAUGGGGAAGAUGACCAGGAUCCACGUACUUUCACUGGCAGAGUCCGACAGUAUUUCAUUGCUGCAGUGGAGGUGAUGUGGGAUUAUGGGAACCAUACACCUUCACCAUAUCUAAGAGACAAGGAUCUGAAGAACAGCUGGAAGAAGCCAUCCAGGCAGUACAAGAAAGUAGUUUACCGAGAGUACCUGGACAGCUCUUUCACGCAGCCACAGGUCCGUGGAGAAUUGGAUGAACACUUGGGCAUCUUGGGACCAUACAUCCGAGCACAGGUUGAUGAUGUCAUCAUGGUGACUUUCAAGAAUCUGGCUUCCCGCCCAUAUUCAUUCCAUUCUAACCUGCUGCCCUAUGAAGGAAAUGGGGAGGAAGUAGAGCAGCCCAUCCAGGACUCUGUGCAGCCGGGUGGGGUCCGAGAUUACUCCAUCAAGGUGUUGUCACACAUGGCUCCUACAGCCAAUGAGUUUGACUGCAAGGCAUGGGCUUAUUUCUCCAGUAUUAGCCUGGAGAAAGACCUACACUCUGGUCUUGUUGGACCUCUGAUUAUCUGCCGGCCUGGAGUACUGAGCACAGCAUAUGGAAGGCAGCUGGCUGUCCAGGAAUUCUCCUUGCUCUUCACCAUCUUUGAUGAGACCAAGAGCUGGUAUUUUGCUGAGAACCUUGAGAGGAACUGUCCACAUCCCUGCCACAUCCAGACGGAUGAUCCUUCCUUUAAAGCAAGCAAUUCUUUCUAUGCUAUCAAUGGUUAUGUCAGAGACAGUCUGCCAGGACUAGUGAUGGGUCAGCACCAGAGGGUGCGGUGGUAUCUGUUGAAUGUGGGUGGUGCCAAAGACAUCCACUCUGUCCACUUCCAUGGGCAAGUCUUUACCAUCCGAACGGCCCAGGAGUACCGCAUAGGAGUCUACAACCUCUAUCCUGGUGCCUUUGAGACAGUGGAAAUGAGCCCAUCCCACCCUGGGAUUUGGCAGGUGAAAUGUAUGGUUGGUGAGCAUGAGCAGGCUGGGAUGAGUGCCUUCUUCCUAGUGUAUGACCAGCGAUGUCAAAUUCCUCUGGGCCUAGCUUCUGGCUACAUCGCAGACUCGCAGAUCACAGCUUCAGAACACUAUGGUAAGCACUUGAAUCUUGGUUUAUUAAUUGAUGGAACACUUGUUUCUGCUACAGAUUCUUGCCAUCCCAUUCUUCCAAAAAUCAAUUGUCUCACUUGGUGUGAAGUCCUGCUUUCUAUCGUCCAGGUAGACCUGCUACGACAACAGAUCAUCCAUGGGAUAAAGACCCAAGGAGCCCGGCAGAAGUUCUCCAGCCUCUACAUCUCCCAGUUUGAGAUAUUCUACAGUAGUGAUGGAGAGAAAUGGAAGUGUUAUAAAGGCAAUGCCACCAGCUCUAAGAUGAUAUUCUUUGGGAACGUGGAUGCAGCAGGCGUGAGAGACAACAGCUUUAACCCUCCCAUUGUAGCCCGCUAUAUCCGUCUCCACCCAACACACUUCAGCAUCCGCAACACAUUGCGCAUGGAACUCAUCGGAUGCGACCUGAACAGCUGCUCCAUGCCACUAGGAAUGGAAAGCAAUGCUAUCUCCAAUGAUCAGGUCUCAUCUUCUUCCUACAUCAGCAAUGUGCUUUACACCUGGUCCCCCUUUCUGGCCCGGCUUAACUUGAAUGGGAGAGUCAAUGCUUGGAGACCAAAGGUUGACAGCUCAGCGGAGUGGCUUCAGGUGAACUUCCGUAAGACCAUGCGGGUGACUGGGUUGAUGACUCAAGGUGCGAAGUCUGCCUUCACCAAAAUGUUCGUGAAGGAAUUUUCUCUUUCGAGCAGCCUGGAUGGCAAGCAUUGGUCCUCUGUCCUACAAGGCGGGAAAGAGAAGAUUUUCCAGGGAAAUCAGGAUCAUUUCAGCCCAGUGGUGAACCUCCUAGACCCUCCGCUAUUUGCUCAAUAUUUGAGGAUACACCCUGUCCGCUGGAAUAACCACAUUGCACUGAGGAUGGAGUUUUUGGGCUGCGACACCCAGCAGAUGGCCUAGUCAGGAUGCACCUGCAUUUUUGCCAAUGCAGUGAACUUUCAGCAGCCCUUGUGCAAGCCACCCACGCCAUGCCUGCUGGAACAAGUUUAUAUCAGUGACAUUUGAGCAAAAUGGUUUCUGUCACCCAUAUAUUUUUGAUAAUGUUUUUGUAGCAUAAUAAACAAAAAUCAUUGUAAGAUU